AUGCGUUCCUAAAGUGAUAUGAGAUGUGCCACUGUUCGUCAACAUCACCCAUUCGGUGGAACAUUCAGCAGAACAGACAACGCAGGAUUCUUCCCGAUGAUACUUGCACUCAUGAAGGCUCGAGGGCUCCCUUGGUCGUCAGUCGUGGUAUUCCUGGUAUCUUUGCCACAGUCCUUCUUGCUGGACAUGGAGACGUAUAUUCUUGACUACUCUUCCAGAAACCUUUCUGCUGUUCCUCCUGCUCUCCCACCAGCUAUUCAAUACCUAGACCUGUCUCGGAAUCGAAUUUGGACCCUGAAGAAACAUGACUUCCAGAGUGCACCCAAUCUCUGUUUUCUCAAUCUCUCCUGGAACAUCCUGGAAGAUAUACACCCAGACACGUUUAUUUCCACUUCUCUUCUGGCAUCACUGGACCUGUCCCACAACAACCUGAAAAUGCUGUCCCACCAACAAUAUCUGCUGCAAGCACAAAACCUACAGUACUUGGACCUGUCAUCCAACUUGUUUGCAGUUAUGGCACUCGGGGGUGAGUUUCUCAAACUCACAAAACUCAAGUGGCUUGGUUUGAGUGCCAGUUUUAUUCAGAAAAACAACUUGGCUAAUAUCUCUGACCUCCAUCUCCAAACUCUUUUCAUUCAGGCUCAAAAUAUGACGGGGUAUGAAAACGGAAGUCUCACGGGUGCGAAGGCAGACAAAAUUGUCGUCCUCAUGCCCAACAGCGUAUUUGAUCUCCCAAUAAUUGCUGACACUUUGGCAUUCUUUGAAGUCGUCGAGCUGAGGGGGCUGCACGAUCCAGAGGACUUCCUCAGAAUACUUGUGACACACCAAGUACACAUUCGAACGCUUAAUUUACAUUUGUCUUCCGUUUGGACUACCUGGAACGUAAUAACGUCCCUUACCAACACGGCUUUAACGUCAACUAUCCGCCAGUUGAGCGUGUCUGACCUUACCCUUCAUGAUAUGGCGGGACAGAAUAACAUGAGCCAAGGCUACUCUUUAGAUUCCUUCAGUAUUAGACGAGCAUUGGUGACUGUGUUCAUUUUUGAUCAGAAGAGUCUAUAUGACUUCAUCAUCAAUAUACCUACAAGAAAUCUAACGUUUGCCCAGACACCAAUAGUCCAUAUGACCUGCCCAAAGGCUGUUAGCAUGAUACAGAUGCUUGAUUUAUCAGACUGUGUCCUAACUGAAAAAGUCUUCAAAGGUCCCCUUGGGGAAUGUAACAAUUUGAUCAAUCUGAAGAUACUGGUCUUGAAGGGCAAUAACCUGAGACAGUUGAUGCCACUGACUUCCAGAGUUCAACUAAUGCGUUCUUUAACACACGUGGACUUUAGCCAGAAUUCGCUGACUUAUGAGGAAACUCAGGACAGAUGCACUUGGCCGCCUUAUAUCACCCACUUGAAUUUAUCUUUUAAUGAGUUUGACCAGACUGUAUUUAAGUGCUUGCCAAAUGCUCUAAUCAAGCUCAACCUUAAGAACAACCACAUCAGUGCAAUUCCAGCAAAUAUUUCUGCUCUGGAGUCUCUUAAAGUUCUAGAUCUUACAGCAAAUCGUCUGCUGGACCUCCCAGACUGUCUCGGUUAUCCAAAACUGCAGGAGCUUGUGCUAUGUGGGAACUUCCUCCACGCACCAACAAUAGACUCUCUCAACACUUGUUCACACCUAACUGUCGUGGAUAUCAGUAUGAAUCCCUAUAUCUGUACCUGCCCUUUGAGAGAAUUCACCAACCUUAUUGAUGACAAGGGUACACUAGGUGGCUCAAAUUCUUGGAAGAACCAAAGGAUUGCCAUGGCUCAUUGGCCACAUGGGUAUCACUGUAGUUACCCAGAGUACUGGAGAAAAGCAAUGCUUAAAAACUUCAGCCUGCCUCUGAUCACCUGCAAUGCUGGACUACUUGCAGCAACCAUUUUGGUCUCGGCCUUAAUUUUGGUCGUUGCUGUCGCAACUCUAUGCAAACGGCUAGAUCUUCCUUGGUACGUGGGCAUGAUUUGGAAAUGGACUCGUGCAAAGCACCGUGCCCGAAGUUCCCAGCAAAGACAGGAAGAUCUUCAAGGAGUACGCUUCCAUGCUUUUGUCUCCUAUAGCCAAAGAAAUGCCAACUGGGUCAUUGGCCAACUCUUACCCAAACUCGAAGGUGAGGACUCUGCGACCCAAAAUGGACUGAGAGUGUGUCACCAUGAGCGAGACUUCAUCCCGGGGAGGCCAAUCUUGGACAACAUCCUCAGUUGCAUAGAACAAAGUCGAUGCUGCGUCUUUGUGCUGUCAUCUCACUUUGUGCAGAGUGAAUGGUGUCACUACGAGCUAUACUUUGCGAGCCACCAAUGGAUAUCGCGAGGUAUAGACAACAUUAUCCUCAUUCUGCUAGAACCAUUGCCUACAUAUCUCAUACCCUCCAAGUAUUACCAGCUCAAGGCAAUGAUGGCCAGGCGCACUUACUUAGAGUGGCCCCAGAACAAAGCCAAACAGAGAAUGUUUUGGGUAAACCUGCGUGCAGCGUUGCAAGCAGAUCUACCAGAUUCUGUUGAGGGAGAAUAGGAAUGAGAGGACAAGCCAAUUAUCAAGAGGUAGAAGGUCGAAACAGAACAGCGCACCGCAACGACAAAACUUGACCCAACAGAAUUUAAAACAGUUGCAGAAUAAACACAGUAAAGAUCUGCGGUUUCUAUCGAUUCAGUUCAAAGCAGGUUAUUUAUUUAUUUCAAGUCUGAAAUUUAGUUAAAAAUUCAUGAAUUAUACAAUAAAGUAUGCAAGAAUAACAACUCAAAUACAAAAAAGUCAUGAUAAUACGAAAAACAUAGCAAAAGAAAAAAACCAAACAUUGUUCUGUGUCCGAAAUUAAAAGAUUUCUAAGUCAAUUCGAUAACCGAACAUAGAAAUUCCCAAGCAACGCAGCUUCCUGUCAAUAUAAUUACUUGAACAAAAACACGUUAAGAACACGGAGGGGUUCUUCAUCGGACAGGAUGCAACCAGUGCAACCAAUUAGCCAAACGUUUUGCAAAAUGCAAUUUCACGAGUUUUAACAGGAAAAUAUACCAGAUUCCUUUACCCCAUUAAAAGUAAGACUUUACUGUUUGAGGUCUCUUUACUUAUCCAAAAUAGGCAACUCUCAACCUCGACAAUUCCUACAAAAGUCAAAAGUAAACAGUAUCAAGUUGAAAAAUAAGGUUUUUGCACAAAUGUUGCAAAUUCAGUAAAAAUUCGAGCAGAGGGCAGCAGUCGAAAGAAAAAUCCUCCCUGAAACAAAUUAAAUACGUGUACAAGAUGCAUGGGAUCAUGGUUAGAUUUUGUUGUUGGCUCCGAAAAACAACUUUUGUCAUAUUAACGACAAAUCGAAUGUUGCCGUUGUGGGGACAGCGACUGCUGGACUCAGGAGUUCCAGAAUACAAUGCAGCUCCAUGGCUUAGUUUUGAAGAUUUGGAAACAGAUGUUUAAGCAGAGUGUAUCGACUAGGAGACCUGGACAAAUUAAAAGACUAAAGCGCUGCCGCACUGCUCUCGAUACGAAGAAAUGAGCAACUCAGAAUUUUAUUCCAAAAUAAAUCUUGAGUGGCGUUCAAGAUCAUGCUAAUCAGAAAGCUUAAUAUAGAGUUUAUUCAGGGUGGAUUUUUCCAUGAAGAAGUGUCCAAGCUCAGGGUAAAGACUGGAUGAGGAUGAUUUUCUCAUUAAUGCAGAAUCGAUGGAGCACGCCGAGUAGAUUUUCUCCGCAGCGAGACACCUGGCGCUCCAUGGCCAGCCGGAAAUCUUCUUUAACACCCUUUGUAAUGCCACGAGUCACAGUGUGAUGCCUGAAAAAACAGAAAUGAGACUGAGCGAGUGUGCAUUUUGCAGGUCACGAUUACAGACUUGCUUUGUGGGAAAACAGCCAGAAAUAAUAGGCUUUUACAACGGCAAACUGUUUUCAAACCUUGACUGAGAUCUGAUUUAUGAAACCACUCAAGUCACAUCACAACGUGAAACCACACUCGCACACGUCUGAUUUGUCCUCAGUUAUCAAAGCACACACAUCGACAGACAGAAGAUAUUUUGUGAUAGGCUCAACAACACAAGAGUAAAAUAUGCAGAUGCUGGGAAUCUUUGCACAGAAAAACACUGAUAAUAAUGCUGAAACAUCACAUUUGAUUCAUCCAAAUGUACGACGACGACGACAACAACAGAAAAUGAGACAAAACUGCAACAGAUGCCAUGGAUCAAAACGAAAACACUUGUGAAAUGAAAAUCCUGUG